UUCAGACAAAAAAAAAUAUUGUCCCAAAGGGGAAUUUUAUUAUGAAAACAACCACCGGAAGUGCUUGGUUUCCCUACGUCACUUGAAGUAGCAACAGAAACCAGGAGCAGCACAAGGUUGCUCGACACAUUGUUGCCAUCUCUCUCUCAGAUCUCUCUCUGAGUGUUGUUGGAGUGAACAUCCAGACUGUGUUGAGUCUCUGAGCUGACAGCAGCGUCAUGGCGUCUGGAGGCCCCAUAAUGAACGGCGACAUCUCUCGCUCUCCCACUCAGACGGGCACGCUGGAGGAAACCCUGCAGCAGAUGAACAUCCUCAUCCAGGAGAACCGAGACCUGAAAGAGGCCCUGCGUCAGACCAACAUGACGAUGAAGGAGCGCUUCGAGGGUUUGUCCGCGUGGCGGGAGAAGCAGCGGGAGGAGCGGGACUUCCUGGAGAACAAGCUGGAGGAGGCUCGGGGCUGCAUGGAGACGCUGACCCUCCAAAACCAGGAACUGGGUCGGAGGAUAGAGGACGAGGGGAAGACAGGAGGAAGCUUGCUGGCGAUGUCAUCCAAUCAGAGUACAGAGCUGGACGCCCUGCGUGCCUAUGUCGCUCGCCUGCAGGCAGAGAAGAACGACCUGGUGGCCAUGAACUCUGAGCUGCAGCUGAGGGCUGAGCAGGACUCACACGAUGACUCCUUCAUUGAGAUCAUCACGGUCUCGGAUGGAGGCGUGGACGGCGUGAACGACGUGUGCGGUUCGGAGCGCAGCAGGCGUCCGGAGCUGAACAUGACGGCGUCGCGGCUGGACAGCGAGGAGAUGACCGUCAGCCAGCUCCUCCAGUCGCUGAGGAAUGAGGCACAGCGGGCCGAGCGGCUGCAGGUCGAGCUGCAGGCUUCUGCUGCCAGAAUUACAGAGCUGGAGGAGAGGAAGAGUAUUGUGGAUCAAUUAACACAGACCACCCAAGCAGAGACUACAGAGACCAAGGAGGAUUCUGGAAAAGAGGAAAAGGCAGCAUCUGAGGUGGAGAAUCUGAAGUCUCAGAUGAUGACGCUGUUCAAAGAGCUGCAGCAGGCCCAGAGCAAGCUGGAUGAAGCGGAAGGCAUGAAGAAGAACCUGCAGGACAGAUGUCGGGAGGUGGAGCAUGACGUGGUCACUCUGAAGGCUCAGCUGGGGGAGAAACAGGCUGUUCAGACGGAGAACGACCGGCUGAAGCUGCAGGUGGACAGCAUGCAGGCCCAGAGCCAGAUAGAGCAGAGGAAGUCCGGGGAGGAGAGGAACAACCUGGCCCAACUGAAGGAUGCCUACACCAAGCUGUUUGAAGACUACAAUGAACUCAAAGAGGAUAAGAAGAAGAGAGAGUCUCAGCUGGUGCAGAAGGAGUUAGUGGACGAGCUGCAGGAACGGCUGACCGCCGCUGAAGAGGCCCUGGCUGCUAAACAGAACGCCAUUGAUCACAUGAAGCAGGAGAUGUUCAGUAAGGAGGAGGAGCUGCAGACCAUAUCUGUGUUCCAGGCUCAGGCAGAGGUCUACUCCUCCGACUUCUACGCAGAGCGAGCAGCGAGGGAGAAGCUCCAUGAAGAGAGGGAGCGUCUGGCUACUCAGCUGGAGUAUGUGAAGAAGCAGAACACCCAGCUGCAGGACGAGAUGGACUCAAUGGGCAGGCGGGGUCUGAACGAGAUGCAGAAGAGACACCCGUCACUGGGAGCAAAUCCACACGGAGCCGGCCCUAGUCUGGUUGGAAGAGGUGCCGACUGGCAGCAUCAGGGAAAUAUCCCCGAACACGCCUGUCCCAAGUGCAUGGAGAUCAUGCCGGACCUGGACUCCCUGCAGAUCCACAUCAUGGACUGCAUCAACUAGACCUCCGUCAUUACGAGCAACCAUGACAACAGCGGCUGCAUUAGCACCUUAAUCUGAGUCUUCCUCCUGCUUUUACCUGUACCUCGUCUUGGAUCCCUGAGACAACUCACCAUAGCUCCACGAUAAACUCAUUACCUUUCAGUCUAGAAUGGGAACACUUUACUUUGGGUAGAAUUUAGAUAGAGGGAUUUUAAAGCUGCAUUGAGGGUUCUUCUGAUGAGAAUUGGUCCUCCCUUUUUUGUUAAAUUUGAGAAUUGCUUAUAAAGAUUUGGAAUAGAACAAAAUCUUGAAGGACACAUCUUGCAGGUUUUGGGCUCAUGUCAUCUGGCACAUUGUCUGUUUGUUGCUGUGACGACUGAAACAAAGCUGAAGGUGACUUUCUUCAAGGAAAAACCAGUCUGGAAAGAAACACUGCACGAAUCCCUCGAUAAGAUAUUAUUUUUGGAGCUGUCUGCCUGUCAUGCAGUUAGUUCAGCUUUUACAAGUUGCAUUUGUUUACCAAGUAUUUGGAUGCUGAAGGCUUUUUAAAAAUAUUUUAUUUUGGUUUCUUUUUAAUGUAAUUCUUUCUAUAUUCCUUUGCUUGAAAAGGAUAUUUUAGUUCAAGACUGGGUUGUUGGUGUCGGUGGGAAAAGGAGCAUGCACCAUGUAGGCACUUUAAUAUGAAGAUAUAUAUUUUAUUCAGAUGAUACCCGGUAAUUAGAAUGUAAUAUAUUUAACUUGUUAAUCAGCAACAGCCUUUGUAAGUCUGUGUGUAGGAGGCUCCAGAUGAUUCUGUAGAUUAUAAAGGAUUUUACGACUCCAUGUUGUACUUCUGUGAAUGAAAAAUAAAAUCUGCAAAAUUC